CUCCCCGCAGACAGCGCGUCCUGUCGCCUCUCCAGCGCAAUGGUCUCCUGGAUCAUCUCUAGACUUGUGGUACUUGUGUUUGGUACACUAUAUCCUGCGUACUCGUCUUAUAAAGCUGUGAAAUCGAAAGAUGUGAGAGAAUAUGUGAAAUGGAUGAUGUACUGGAUAAUAUUUGCCCUAUUCAUGACGGUGGAAGUAUUUACAGAUAUGUUCCUUUGUUGGCUUCCUUUCUACUAUGAACUGAAGAUAGCCUUUGUGGUGUGGAUGUUGUCCCCUUACACUAAAGGCUCUAGUGUGCUAUACAGGAAGUUUGUUCAUCCCACGCUUUCCUCAAAAGAAAAGGACAUUGACGACUACAUCUGCCAAGCCAAGGACAAAAGCUAUGACACACUGGUGCAUUUUGGGAGAAAAGGGUUGAAUGUUGCAGCCACAGCUGCAGUCAUGGCUGCAACAAAGGGCCAAGGAGUCCUGUCAGACAGACUGAGGAGUUUCAGCAUGCAGGAUCUAUCUUCCUACCAGUCUGACUCCGAUAACACUGACCCCGGCACUACGCAGUCUGCAGCAGCACAGCAUCGGACCAGAACUAUGAUGCGCAGCAAGUCAGAGAGCUACAAAGGACAGGAUUUUGACAUGACUGAGUAUGAGAUGUUGGGGUUGGACCAAUGGCACUCCAAGAAGUCGCUCUCCCAGACCAUUUCACCUUCUGAGUCUGAGUCCACACCCAUUACGCCCUCACUGACACCCCAGUCCAGCCCACCCUCCACACCCUCUCCACCUCCCACUCCCUCUCCACCUCCCACUCCUCCAGUUCCAGAGCAGCCAGUGGAGGUGGGUAAAGAGGUGCAGGCAGCGUUGAGCACUCCACAGCUCAAGCUGAUUAAGAGGAAGGCUCCUGAGCCUCCUCUUAGAGUCCUACGGCCUCUCACAAGAUCCAGGAGUGCUCUUUCUUCAAACAAUGAAGCCAUGUGAAACUGUCCUCAAGACUACUCCAGCUGCCUUGCUGCAAGAAGUAAAAAUACUGAAUGGCCAAAAGCUACAUGACUGAAGCAGCCUUGCUUUGGAAUAAGGUGUUACCAAAGUGACCUAUGAUGACCCCUCUAUAUAUAGUACAGUAUAUAGCUUGUGGCUCAUGAUUAAAUAAAUGAGGUUUGUGACACUGAGAUAGGAAAAAUUAAUGAAUGGCGCCAUGCUGAUAGACACUUUGAGUUUAUGGGUUAUUGAAUAUGUAUUUAUGUACAGUUUGUGUGAACUCCAUCUUUCUGAUUUGAUCAUUUUUAUAUAUCAGGUUUGGGUAGGCAAUUGCAUGUGUGUCUUCCCAGUUAUUAGUCCACUGUUUAUUAAACAGAAUGUAUUGUCACUGGAUACUACAGCUGGCAUUGAGAACGACGUGGUCUCUGUUAGAGAAUGUGUUACAAGCCAAGGAUCAAAACAAAAGGCAAGGCUGUUUUUGCCCAUGAUCUAUCUGUUCUGGAGCUGAAUUCUGCACUGAUUAAUUACUACAUCAAGCUAUUGAGAAAUUGGUCAAUUACCCCAAACAAAAAAAAUCGUAUACUUUAUAUAAACUUGUACCUUAUAGUGAUGAAAAGUCAGACGGCUGUGGCAGACAAUAUUCUGUUAUUUACCUCUCUAUCAAAGCCUUAAAGAACAAGAUAGCAGAGACAUGAAAAUAUAUGUCUAAACACGUGAUAUGACAAUUUGUAACACAACUAUGUUCUCAUUUAACAAUCAUUUUUGCACUAUGUUUAGAAUAUAAAUAACUUCCCUCAGUACUCAAUGAAAUUGCCAAAAAUGACAUAAAACAGUAAUCAUUAUAAAUUAGUAGCUGAAUAUUAUCGUGAAUAAUUUUAGUAUCAUUAUCAUUCAUUUCCUCUGUGGUAAAGAAAUUACUUGUGUAAGAAGUAAUAACACCAGUAUCAAAGAUAAAAGUCAUCACCACAAGAAGUUUUCUCAGUGGAGCAGACUGUUUUGACAAUCUACUGUUCAGUUUCUAAACACAUUUUUUCAUGUAUUUGAACACUUAUUUGGCAAUUUAAGGCCAAUUAGGAAUAUGUCUCUUUCAGCUGUAGCAGAGAUAGAUAUGAAUCAUUAUUUACUAUAUAUAAACAUGGUUCUUUUUCCAUGUAUGAAAUCACUGUGUAAUGUUCUGCUGUUAACUGAGCAACACUAAACCUAAUGAUCUUA